GGGAUUUCCCUGUUCUGUAGGCCCAGGAAAAAAUCACCUACUCGAGAGGAGCGGAAAAAUUCCUCGAGAGGAGCGGCGGCGCUACGAAGACACGGACGCGACGGCGGGGGCGGAGCGCGGCGCGACCCAGAGGCGACGGCUACGGCGACGGCGACGGCAUAGCUCUCUUCUCCGGCCGCCACCUUCUCUCCAGUGAGCACGCUUCCCUUCCCCCUCUCCCCUCCUCUUUCAAAGUUAGGGUAGGGUUUCCUUCUCUUCUCCCUUUCCGGCUUUCCCGUCGUCGCACGCACCGUGCCGUAGGGGCCGGCCGUCUGGUCGUGCUCCGGCGCCAAUGCCGACCGCGUGUUCAGCUUCGGCUCUGGCUUGGGGCUUGGGCUUGGGUGGCUUCGGCUUCGGCAGCGCUUUGUCCUUGUUCGGCUCCGGCGGUGGCAUUGCCGGGACACGGGAGGGUUCUUGGACGCCAGAGAGGAGAGGAGAGGAGGAGAAGGAGGAGGAGAGGGUUCUUGGUUCUUGGCCCGUAGCCUUCAAAGUGUCGGCACCCUCCACGUCGGAAUCUGAGUCAUGUAGUUGCAGUUGCAGGUUUGCGAAAUCUGAAGGAAUUCAGAGUCAUCUAGUUGCAGGUUCCAUGAAAUCGACUGGUAGGGAAAUUCCAGAUAAUUUAUUUGAUGGUAGUAAUUUUCUGAAGUUCCUGAAGAUUUAUUGCUUCAGACAGCAUGACGAAAGUCAGGGCAUCAUUAUAGUGUCUCCUGCUGCUCAGCUCAUUCCACUCAUAAACCUGUUUAGUUUGUGAUGUAUCUGAGUUACAAAAAAUGUGUUUAAACUGAGUGCUCCCACACAGUGAAAUGUGUGAUAUUUGAUACUGUCGACAUCAUUUUUUUUCUUUGUACCCAUCAUUGUUUUUCCUGUGCUUCUAAUCUGCAAUACUGUCCUGACAAGCUUUGAAGCA